AUGAAUAAUAUUUGUAGAUUUUGUCUUUCUGAAGACUCGAUAAUGGACGUUACGUUGACGGAAUGUGAUUUUUUUCUGAAAAUAACGUUGUGUUUUGGUCAUGACAUUGUAACUGGCGACAGUCUACCUCAAACAAUAUGCACAUUUUGCAAGAAUAAAAUAGAAGAUAUUUAUAUUUUUCGUAAUAAAAUCAUACAAAAUCAAAAUAUCCUCUUAAGCAGGCUUAAAGAAGUCUAUAAUACUGUUAAUAAUUUUAAUAAAAAUGACAAAGAACACAUUAAUAGAGAAAAUAAUGAGAAUGAAUUUGACAACAAAGAAAAUGAAGUACUUCAAGAUGGUACAGUGAAAAUAAAAUAUGAACAAAGUAAAGUUAUAGCUGAAAGUGGAAUUAACAGUCUAAAUAAAUCGGAGUUAAGUGAGAUUGAGGAUGGCUAUGACUUUUGUUCGGAGGAUAAUGUGUCCCAUUCUUUAAUAAAACAAUCCAAAAAUCCAGAUAAGCAUUCCAAAUCACCUGCCUCCAGAACAUCACCAAAAGACCAAACAGGAAUAUAUACAGGCAAUAAUCUCACAUGCUUAACCUGUUUUAAAAAGAACUCCACACAAAUUGAAUUAUUGAAGCAUUAUAACGAUGAACAUACAAAUUCUAAACUAACACAAGAAGACAAAAGUAAUUCUGGAGAUAAAAACUAUGAAAUUGUAACAGGAUCAAACGGAUGCAAUAAAUAUAAAUGCAAGAAAUGUGAAAGGGUAUUUGAUAGCAAAAGAAAAAUGAAUAAGCACACAAUAUCUCAUGUAGAGGACAGACCUUUUUUGUGCAAAUUAUGUGGUCGAACGUAUAAAACAGCUUCGGAAAUAGUGAGGCACGGGAGAGCGCACAACGGUACUAGAAUUCCUUGUUCAUACCAAUGUGGAUAUAGUACCGUGUACUUGGGGGCACUUAAGCAGCACGAAAGGCGACAUAGGACGGAAUAUUCGUAUACAUGCGACAAAUGCGGCAAGGGCUUUCAAGUCCUAACUUGGUAUGAACAGCAUCAAAACGUCCAUACAGGAGCAAAACCCUUCGUGUGUGAGAUCUGUGGAGUCGCUUUCCAUAUGGACAGAUAUUUAAAGGCUCAUAUUACAACCGUACACCCACAAGCGUCGACCCGCAAAAGGUUCCUCUGCGUCCACUGUUCGAAGCCAUGCGACUCGAAGAAAGGACUGACAUUGCAUUUAAAGGAGCACGGUAUAACGACGACGUUCCUUUGCGACAUUUGUGGGAAGGUUUUGUCAGACGCUGGACAACUUAAGUUUCACAAGCGGAUUCAUCUGGGCGAACGACCUUACAGCUGUAGUACGUGCAGCAAGUCGUUCACCAAGCGGUUCAACUUGAAGUUGCACGCACGCACACAUACGGGUGAGCGCGCACACACAUGCACAGUCUGCGGCAAGCGGUAUACGCAGCGAGCCACAUUGCAUCGACACGUGGACAGAUUUCAUAAAGGAAAUGUUACCAUAGAUUCGACGCAACAUGAGACUUAA